ACAAAAACAAAUUUUCCCAAAAUAAAAAUUGACAGUUCAUUCUUUUCGUUCACAUUUUGGUUUUCGAAAAAAAUUUCAAAUUUAAAAAAAAAUUAGACGUACGGACGAAUAAAAGCGAGAAAGUUGCUGAUAAAACUCCAAAGGUCCCCGGGUAAUCUGUAAUGCUGCUCCGUUAUUUGUUAUAAAGGUGCGAAUUGAACAGAAAAAAUGGCGAACAUAGCGGCCCAAAGAAUCAAAAGGGAGUUUAGAGAGGUUAUUAAGAGCGAAGAGGUAGCAAAAUGUGCAAUCAAACUAGAACUUGUAGACAGCAACUACACAGAAUUAAGAGGUGAAAUUGCUGGGCCUCCAGAUACACCGUAUGAGGGUGGAAACUUUGUUUUAGAAAUUAAAGUUCCAGAGACGUACCCAUUUAAUCCUCCCAAGGUGCGUUUCAUUACAAGAAUUUGGCACCCAAAUAUCUCUUCAGUAACGGGAGCAAUCUGCCUUGACAUAUUGAAGGAUCAAUGGGCUGCAGCAAUGACCCUUAGGACAGUGCUAUUGUCUUUACAAGCCCUUUUAUCCGCCGCAGAGCCAGAUGAUCCUCAAGAUGCUGUGGUUGCUAGGCAAUAUAAAGAAAAUAUAGAAAUGUUUAAAUUAACUGCUAGGCAUUGGACUAAUGCUUAUGCUGGGGGUCCAAAUGUGAACGCAGAUUGUGAUGAUAAAAUAAAACGCCUAGUGGACAUGGGCAUUGAGGAACACCAAGCGAGAGUGGCCUUGUCAUCGUACAAUUGGGACUUAGAACGAGCCACGGAACAACUGUUUAGUUAGUAAAAUUUUUAAUAAUGUUGAAGAUUUGGUCAAACUCCUCACUCAAACUUUUUAAAACUUGUAAUUUUAUUCUUUCCUCUAUUUUAACUAAUUAUGUGAGUAAUAUAACGGUGGGUGCCCGGAUAUCGAUGUUAAACUCAUAAGAUUUUUUUAAAAAGAAAAGAAGAGAAACACAUUUAUUGUUAUUUAGUCAAGGGCCCCCAAGUGUUUCUUAUUUGAAAGGAAAUUUUUUUAUUCCUUUGUGAUUUUUAUUAUUAUUAUUAUUAUUAUUAUUAUUAUUAUUAUUUUAAUACUCAAGUGGUUUGCCGAGUUGAGGCUUGAUCGCGAAUGUUGUUGUUAGUUGUUCAUUUUAGUAUAGUGGAGAAUAUGAUGAGUAACUUAAAAGUGUCUCAUUUUACUAAGCAUCUUAACUUUGCAUACCCAUUGAGUUAUACUUAAUUUAUUGUCCAAUUGAUAAAAAAAACGUAAAACUGUAUUUAUCAGUGCUUUAUUUUAUUUUAGACACAAAAUGUAUAACAGAAGAAAUACCGUUUUUGUAAAAAAAAGUACGCCGAUCUAGAUACUGCAUAAGUUUUGGGUAAUAUGUGAAAUAGCUGUUUUUAUUUUAUUAAUAUAGAAUUUGUUUGGUACAUA